UACAAACCGGCCCAUCUCACCCUGGAGCGGCCCAUCUCGUUCGCUGUCGUCUCGUCUUCGCGAGCAGUCGCGGUGGCUGUGGCGGCGUCAUCGUCAUCACUCAUCAGCGAUUCCAAAUACAAACUCCCACAGCUUCCACAGAAAACCCUAACACUAGAUCCCCACCAUGGAUCUCCUCCAGUCCUCUUACGCGCCGGACGCCGCCUCGUCCCCGGAGGACUCGGCGGCCGCGUCCUCGCCGGAGUCCUCGCCGCUCCGCCUUCCGUCCAAGUCCGCCGCCCCCGCCGUCGACGACACCGCGCUCGCGCUCUCCUCCGCCGCGUCCGCCGCCCGCCCGCUCGACCCCUCGCUCCACCUCGUCGCCUUCAACCCCACCGCUGACCAGCUCUGGGCGCCCAUCCUAGGGCCCCAGCACCCCCACGCCCCAAUCUCCUCCGCCUCAGGCAAUCGCAACCACAAGCUCGGCCACGUCGAGGACGCCGCGGUCCUGCCCUUCCUAUUCGACGAGCAGUACAACACCUUCCACCGCUUCGGUUACGCUGCCGACCCCUCCGGCCUCCACAUCGUCGGCGACGCCCAUCCCCAGGCGCCUGAGCCCGACACCGUCUACAACCUCGCCCCCUCCGAGCACAAGCGCCGCCGCCUCCUGGCCAAGGCGGACAACCAGGAGGAGCCCGCCCCUCCGGAGGCCAAGAACCCCGCCUCCGAGGAAUGGGUCCUCCACAACAAGCAGAGUCCCUGGGCUGGGAAGAAGGAAGCGCCUCCCGCGGAGCUCACCGACGAGCAGAGGCAGUAUGCGGAGGCGCACGCUGCCAAGAAGGCCGAGAAGGAGGCUCGCGCCGAAGGAAAGAGCGAGAGGGCAGAGGUUGUGGUCAAGACCACCUUCCACGGCAAGGAGGAGAAGGACUACCAGGGACGCUCCUGGAUCACGCCGCCCAAGGACGCCAAGGCCACCAACGACCACUGCUACAUCCCAAAGAGGUGUGUCCACGAGUGGGUCGGCCACACCAAGGGGGUCUCGGCCAUCAGGUUUUUUCCAAAGUAUGGACAUUUGCUGCUGUCUGCAAGUAUGGAUUGCAAGAUUAAAAUCUGGGAUGUGCUUGGGUCACGGACAUGUAUGCGGACUUAUAUGGGGCACUCAAAGGCCGUAAGGGAUAUAUCAUUCUCUAAUGAUGGGACUAAAUUCUUGAGUGCUGGGUAUGACAGGAAUAUACAGUACUGGGAUACUGAGACAGGGCAGGUGAUCUCGACCUUCUCAACCGGGAAGGUCCCAUAUGUUGUGAAGCUCAAUCCUGAUGAGGAUAAGCAGCAUAUUCUCCUUGCCGGAAUGAGUGAUAAAAAGAUUGUGCAAUGGGAUAUGAAGUCAGGGCAGAUUACACAAGAGUAUGAUCAGCAUUUAGGGGCUGUGAACACCAUAACUUUUGUGGAUAACAACAGGAGAUUUGUGACCUCGAGUGAUGACAAGUCUCUUCGUGUGUGGGAGUUUGGCAUCCCUGUGGUGAUUAAGUAUAUCAGUGAGCCGCACAUGCACUCAAUGCCAUCAAUUGCACUGCAUCCCAACUCAAAUUGGCUGGCAGCACAGAGCUUGGACAAUCAGAUACUGAUAUACAGCACCAAGGAGAGGUUUCAGCUUAAUAAGAAGAAGAGAUUUGCCGGACAUAUUGUGGCAGGUUAUGCUUGUCAAGUGAACUUCUCACCUGAUGGGAGGUUUGUGAUGUCUGGUGAUGGUGAGGGUAGCUGCUGGUUCUGGGACUGGAAAAGCUGCAGGAGAUUUAAGACUUUGAGGUGCCACAACGGAGUUUGCAUUGGAUGUGAGUGGCAUCCAUUGGAAACUAGCAAGGUUGCAACCUGUGGAUGGGAUGGUGUAAUUAAAUACUGGGAUUGAAGUUUGGCAGAGAGAUUGCUUGAGCUCCUGGGGGAGGUUUUGUAACAAUCCAAUUCACAAGGGCUGAAUGUCAUGAGAUACUGUAAGUUAACACGCCCGACGAGAGAAUCCCGGUUCAAUGGAGGAGAAAAAAAGUUGUACUUUUGAGGUUAAGUAUAUGUAUGUUGGAGAAAUAAGAAGGGGAUUUUAGCCUCAUUUUCCCCUAGGACGCGUGGUCCCCACUCAGCGCUGUCGUCGUCCCCAUGCUCGCUCGCUGCACAAGACGGACCAGUGACUGGACGACCUCCGACAUGGGCGGCCUGAAUUCUGGCUCAGGUUGCGCAACCGGAAACCGACCAAUCUGCAACACCGCACAAAAUGGCUGGAGACGGGAACAGCAACUAAACCCGUCAACAGCUUACCUGGACGCAGAGGACUUCGCGUGGCACAGCCCCUCCAGCGUCAUCUGGUCGAUGUCGUGCAGCUGGGGCGACGCCCACUGGACCAACGAUAGCUGGGACCUUGCUUGAGAGCUGCAACAGUCAUCGUCUUUGUUUGUUGCAGGGUCAAGUGUCGCAGCGCUGUACUUGCUCACCUGUCGAACGCUUUCCGGCCAGUCAGGAGCUCGCUCUUUUGAGAGUACUGGCCGGACAUUUCCACCUCCGGAACUCUGUAUCCGGGGCUGUCAUCUGAUUCCUGAAGGUGUCAACGUGUAAGGGAAGUCUGCUCAUUCAUGUUUCAACAGUACUAAGUCUAAGGCCCCUCCUGGCUUAUUGUUUGCCA